AUGGCGCUCAUGAAGUCGGGCUGGCUUUGGAGACAGACUUCUGUCCUCAAACGCUGGAAGUUAAACUGGUGUGACCUUUGGAUAGACGGGAGUCUCUGCUUCUACAAAUCUGAGAGCAGGCGAGAUUUGGAGCACCGCGUCAGCCUCAAAACAACGUGUGUGGAUGUGAGAUCUGGACUGGAAUGUGGAGAUGUUAAUCCACCAGAGAGUAAUCCCAAGGAGAACCGCAUCGGGAUUCAGCUCAGAGACGGCUCAAAUGUGAACCUGUGUGCCAACAGCGAGGAUGAAUCCAUAGCAUGGAAAAUGUCUCUGCUCGAGACCAGGAGAAACCCGGUGUUCACAUAUGACCCGUAUGAUGACUCCUACCAGGAAGUCCCCAUCAACAGAUACCACACAGUCUACAUCACACCUGGAGCAGGACCUGGCACCCACCAGGUGAUCGUGCAGAGGGACCCGUUUGAUGGAGUGAUGGAGAACCUCGCUCUGGGAUUACUGGCAGGUGUAGCAGCGGGGACAGCCAUGAGGUCUUUCCUCUGGAUGCCCUUUUUCUUCUGCUGA